CAAAAGGCAGGCAAAAAUGUGGGACCCACGUGACCUGAGUGAGUAGUGCUAUAUAGUGGUGCAGUCAUCAUCUCUACCUAACCCAACAACCAUGGUUCGUUGCAAAAUGUCAUCGCCUCAAAAGUUCAACCACCCUGCUAUAUAUCUCUGCAAAUUCCUUAUGAUAGUACACUUGAGUUGACAGUGUUAAGUGGGUCCCACGCAAAUACUCCUCGGCCUCCAUCUACAGUGUGGAGAUCCAAUCGCUUUGAAUCUUACUCUCUGUCCUUAUCCCCAAACCACGAUUCUUUCUCUCUUCAUUGGAAGGCCAAAGUAGUAAUUUAAUUCCACGGGGAAGCUGACUUUUCUUUUGUUUCUAGUACAUGAACACUCAUAUGAAACAACCGAUCUACACACUGAAAGUGAAUCUUGGAACCUUACAUAGUAAUAAUAGUAGCAAUUAUACUACUGAAUGGGCGAAGGAUGGAGCUGUGCGGAGGAAUGAGGCCGUGGGGAGAGGUGGUAGUGGAGGUGACGAAGGCGGCGCAGAAAAAGGAGACCGAUGCGGUGCUGUGGGCGGUUGAGGUGUAUUCAAAUCUGAAGGCGGCUGGAGAGUCCCUCCCCUCCUUGGAGCUGGCGGAGGUGCUAGUCUCCUACAUAUGCUGGGACAACAAUGUUCCAAUUCUCUGGAAGUUUCUAGAAAAAGCCCUUCUUCUCAACUUCGUUCCACCGAUUUUCCUUCUCUCUCUUCUAUCUCUCAGGGUUAUUCCAUGUAGACGCUCUCAACCUGCCGCCUAUAGACUCUACUUGGAACUUCUCAGAAGACAUGCUUUUCAACUUAAAUCUCACAUUAACACACCGAAUUAUCCAGAGAUCAUGAAAUCUAUUGAUGAUGUUCUUCAUCUUUCGCAAAUAUUUGGAACUUCACAAAGUGAGCCUGGAGUUCUCGUGGUUGAAUUUGUUUUCUCGAUUGUUUGGCAGCUGCUUGAUGCAUCGUUGGAUGACGAGGGAUUGCUGGAACUCACUCCUGAAAAGAAGUCCAGAUGGGGAGCACUGUACCAAGAAAUGGAAUGGGAUGAAAAUUAUAGCAAUAAGAAGACUGAGUUUCAUGAACAGUUGCAAAAUGCAAAUACUCUUGCGGCUGUUGAGAUUAUUGGGAAAUUUAUGCAGGACAAAGUAUCUUCAAGGAUUCUUUGCUUGGCUCGUCGUAACUUGCCUGCACACUGGUUUAGCUUUGUUCAGCGUCUGCAGCUCCUGGCAGCAAAUUCAUCAGCAUUGAGGAAUUCAGAAACUUUGAGUCCUGAAGCACUUCUGCAAUUGACUUCAGAUAAGUAUAUGGUGUUGACUAGAGAAUGCAAAACAAGUUCACAGCAAAAGUUCCAUGCAGUCAUGGGUUUUGAAUAUCUUUCUUCCUCUGCUUCACUCUGCCAUGGUGCUAGUCAUUCUGCUAUUUGGAUUCCUCUUGAUCUGGUACUGGAAGAUGCCAUGGAUGGCUAUCAAGUUAGCACAACAAGUGGUAUCGAAAUAAUUAGUGGUUUGGUACGGACACUACGAGCAAUAAAUGGCACGUCUUGGCAUGACACAUUUUUAGGUCUUUGGUUAGCAGCUCUUCGUCUUGUGCAGAGGGAAAGGGAGCCUAUUGAGGGUCCUAUGCCUCGUCUUGAUACUCGCUUAUGCAUGCUCUUGGGUAUUAUACCUAUUGUAAUUGCUGAUCUUAUUGAGGAGGAGGAAAGGACACCAGUUGAUGAAACAGACACUGGACCUACCGACCAAUGGAAAGAGGAAAGAGUACCAGGAAAGUGUCUCAAUGGUUUAGUAUCAAGUCUACAGGUUUUAAGCAAUUAUCAUAGCUUGCUCACUCCACCUCAAUCUGUUGUUGCUUAUGCUAACCAAGCUGCUGCAAAAGCAAUGCUAUUUGUUUCUGGAAUCACACCAGGAAGUGCAUAUUUUGAUUGCCUUGGGAUGAAGGAGAUGCCUAUUGACUGUUCUGGAAACAUGCAUCAUCUGAUAGUUGAGGCAUGCAUUGCUCGCGGCCUACUCGACACAUCUGCAUAUUUAUGGCCAGGUUAUGUGAAUGGACGAAUCAAUCAAUUGCCUCAGUGCAUGCAAGCUCAAGUACCUGGGUGGGCAUCAUUUAUGAAGGGAGCACCUCUUACCUCAGUGAUGGCAAAUGCUCUGGUUUCAAGUCCUGCUUCAAGCUUAGCAGAAUUGGAGAAAAUAUUCAAAGUUGCAACCGGAGGAUCAGAAGAUGAAAAGAUAUUUGCUGCUUCCAUUCUUUGCGGGGCUUCACUAAUUCGGGGAUGGAAUAUACAGGAACACACUGUUCAGUUUAUCAUCAGGUUAUUAUCUCCAUCAAAGCCAGCUGAGAACACUGAAGGAUAUAAUCAUUUGAUUAAUUAUGCUCGGCUGAUAAACGUAGUAAUAGUUGGAAUUGCACCUGUUGAUUGUGUUCAAAUAUUUUCACUACAUGGCUUGGUUCCAACGCUUGCAUGUUCCUUGAUGCCAAUCUGUGAAGUUUUUGGGUCUUGUGUCCCUAAUGUCUCAUGGAAACUAACAUCAGGGGAAGAAAUAUCUGCUCAUGCUGUGUUUUCCAAUGCAUUCAUUCUUCUUUUGAGACUGUGGAGGUUUGAUCGUCCUCCUCUUGAACAUGGAAUUGGAGAUGUACCAACUGUUGGUUCUCAAUUAACUCCUGAAUACCUAUUAUUGGUACGAAAUUCCCACUUAAUGUCGGCCAGUAGUGUCCACAAAGAUAGAAAUCGAAUGAUUGCAAGUUUAUCAUCACCAAAUUCUGUAUUUGUUGACUCUUUUCCUAAAUUGAAAGCCUGGUAUCGGCAGCAUCAAGCGUGUAUAGCUUCGACACUCUCGGGUCUUGUCCAUGGAACCCCUUUCCAUCAGAUUGUUGAAGGGCUACUUAACAUGAUGACCAAAAAGAUUAAUAGAGGAAAUCAGAAUUCAAUUACAAUAUCCGGAAGCAGUAGCUCUUCUGGACCUGGGAAUGAUGAUGCCUCUUUAAGGCCAAAAUUGCCUGCUUGGGAUAUUCUGGAAGCAAUUCCCUUUGUAGUUGAUGCUGCUCUCACUGCGUGUGCACAUGGAAGAUUAUCUCCACGUGAGUUAGCAAUAGGGCUUAAAGAUUUAGCUGAUUUUCUUCCUGCAUCUCUGGCCUCCAUAGUAAGUUACUUCUCUGCAGAAGUAACUCGUGGCGUUUGGAAACCUGUAUUUAUGAAUGGAACAGAUUGGCCAAGUCCUGCUGCAAAUCUACUGAUUGUUGAGGAAGAGAUCAAGAAAAUUGUAGCUGCAACUGGUGUUCAUGUGCCGAGUCUAGCUCCAGGAGGAAGCUCUCCUGCCACGCUUCCAUUGCCCUUGGCUGCCUUUGUGAGCCUUACUAUUACCUACAAACUAGACAGAGCUGCGGAGCGUUUUCUUAAUUUAGCUGGUCCAGCACUCGAGUCCCUUGCUGCAAGUUGUCCAUGGCCUUGCAUGCCAAUUGUGGGUUCCUUGUGGACACAAAAGGCAAAACGUUGGACUGACUUCCUUAUCUUCUCAGCAUCAAGAACGGUUUUCCUCCACAACACUGACGCAGUUGUCCAACUCCUUAAAAGCUGCUUCACAGCCACCCUUGGUAUGAACAGCUAUCCUUUAUCAUCCAAUGGUGGUGUUGGAGCUCUCCUUGGCCAUGGAUUUAAAUCCCAUUUAUGUGGAGGGAUUUGCCCUGUAGCUCCCGGAAUUCUCUAUCUACGUGUCUAUCGAUCAGUUAGAGAUGUCGUGUUCCUGACUGAAGAGAUUCUCUCAAUCUUGAUGCACUCGGUGAGGGAAAUUGUAUCCAGUGGCCUUCCAAGGGAAAAAUUGGAAAAGUUGAAAGCAACCAAAGGUGGCACAAAAUAUGGACAGGUUUCACUUGCUGCAUCGAUGACCCAGGUGAAGCUUGCAGCUUCCCUAGCAGCUUCUCUAGUGUGGUUAUCAGGAGGGUUAAUGCUGGUUCAACUACUAAUGAAAGAAACUCUUCCUUCAUGGUUUAUAUCUGUUCACCGAUCUCAGAUGGAAGAGAAAUCAGAUGGAAUGGUUGCAAUGCUUGGUGGAUAUGCACUUGCUUACUUUGCAGUACUCUGCGGGGCUUUUGCCUGGGGGGUUGAUUCAUCUUCAUCUGCUUCAAAGCGACGUCCACACAUAUUAGGCAUCCACAUGGAGUUUCUCGCAAGUGCACUAGAUGGUAAGAUAUCGCUCGGGUGUGAUUCGGCUACUUGGCGAGCCUAUGUGUCUGGGUUUGUGAGCCUGAUGAUCGGUUGCACGCCAAUUUGGGUGCUAGAAGUGGAUGUAGAUGUGUUAAAGAGACUAAGCAAUGGGCUGAGGCAACUGUAUGAGGAAGAACUUGCUCUUGCCUUAUUGGGUUGUGGUGGGAUUGGGACAAUGAGCAUUGCAGCAGAGCUUAUCAUUGACAGUGAAAUCUGAACUACUUAUGUUGCCACUUUAGUGCCUCCUUGUAUUAUGUUAGCGUAUUAUUAAACAAGUUGUGCAUAUCUAAAAUUUUGUUUUCAGAGCAGUGGUAUUGUUGGAAAAGAUCGCCCUUAGAAUGGAAAUUAAUAUGGACGAGGAUUUUAAGGUAAAUAAAAAAAGGAUGAUAAGUUUUUUUCA